GGAGGUGGGCAGGAGGGCGGGAAGGGGAGAGAAAAGAUCUGCUCUCUUAGUUUCCAAGUCUCGAGGAGGUUACGGGAGAAAGAGGGAGAGAGGUGUUUUCGGAGCUCUGCCCGACUUGUUUCCCUCACUCGAGGCUCGCCGAGGAAAGACAUUGCUGAUCCUGUAACAUGGAGGAUUGCCUUCAUACCUCAUCUGAGAAUCUAUCCAAAUUGGUCAGCUGGGCCCACAGCCAUGGGACCAUUUGCAGCCUCAUUCCAAACCUGAAACAUUUACUUUCAGAAGGUUCCCAUGGGAACCUGACAGCGAUGUGGGGCUGUAGUGCAGGCCACGCUUACCACUGGCCACUGACAGCUACUUGCAGAGCUGGCUCCCAAGAAAGGGUCUGUUUCCAGGAUAACAGAAGUUUUAACUCUGAUAGUCCAAGUAUAAUUGGUGUGCCCUCUGAGACUCAAACUAGCCCCGUUGAAAGGUACCCUGGGAGACCAGUGAAAACGAAGCUAGACUGUAAUCGGACCAGAGACUCUUGUGACUUCUCUUAUUGCAGUGAGCCCUCUGAACUGGAUGAAGCUGUUGAAGAGUAUGAAGAUGAAAACACUCUGUUUGACAUGGUUUGUGAGUCUUCUGUUACAGAUGAAGACAGUGACUUUGAACCCCAACCACAGAGGCCUCAAAGUAUUGUGCGAAAAAGGCCUGGAAUAGUCCCAUCUUCUCUUCAUUCGAGCUCCCAGACUCAAAUGAUUGAUGAAUGCAGCAGUGAUGUCAUCAUUAAGAAGAUCAAACAAGAGAUUCCUGAAGAUUACUAUAUUGUGGCGAAUGCAGAGCUGACUGGAGGGGUAGAUGGACCAGCCCUGUCAUUGACACAGAUGGCAAAACCUAAGUCUCAGACUCAUGCUGGUCCCUCCUUAGGGUCUGCUAAGCUGAUUUCCCACGUAACAUCCGCCAUCAGCACAGAGCUAGACCCACAUGGUGUGUCCGCAUCCCCCUCUGUGAUGUCUAGACCAGUAGUCCAGAAGACCACCAGGGUAUCUCUGGCUUCACCUAACAGAGGACCCCCUGGUUCCCAUGGCACCAGCCAGCACGUGGCCAUGCAGAUGCCCGUGAGCACAUCCCAUCCUAACAAACAGAUCAGCAUCCCUUUGUCUGCCCUGCAGCUGCCAGGACAGGAUGAACAAGUUGCUUCCGAAGAGUUCCUGUCCCAUCUGCCCAGCCAGGUCUCCUCCUGUGAGGUGGCCCUUUCUCCCUCAGUUAACACAGAGCCAGAAGUGAGCUCCAGUCAGCAGCAGCCCCCAGCCGCUCCAACCAUAACCACCGAGGCCACGGCACAGUGCAUACCAGACCAGGAUGAAAGAGCAGCUGAGCUCAGCAGGGAGCAGAACGAGAAAACCAUCCGGAGCACGCAGACUGCGCUCCGCAAUUUCCGGGAGUUCCUCAUCUCCAAGUAUCCUUCUGAAACAAGAGAGAUCUAUGUCAUCCCUUGCAAGGAAUUGGAUGCCUACCUGGCCUCUUUCUUUGUGGAUGCCAGGCAGAAGGAUGGAUCCGAGUAUGAACCCAACAGCUUGGCCAAUUACCAGUGUGGACUUGAACGGUACCUAAAAGAACACAGGUAUGGCUACAGUAUCACCAGGGAUAAGGAAUUCAAGCGCUCCCAAGAGGCACUCAAACAGAAGCAGAUUGAACUCCGCUGCAAAGGAAAAGGAAAUAAGCCACACAAGUCCAUGAAGCUCACCUUUGCUGAUGAGCUCAUUCUGCGAAAGAGAGGGCUGCUAAGUCGCUAUAACCCUGAGGGCCUGCUCAACCUCGUCUGGCUCAACAACACAAAAGCUUUUGGGCACUGCACAGGCUUUCACGGGUCUACCUUGAAGUGGGGUGACAUUCGGCUCCGGGUAACAGAAACGGGACUGGAGUACUUGGAGUGGAUGGGUCAAGACACUGGUGACCUAAAUGCCAAAACCAAGAGAGGGGGCACAGACUCCCGUGUGUAUGCCACCCAGCACGCACCACAGACCUGCCCCGUACAGGACUAUAAGGAGUAUGCCCAGCGGCGGCCUCCUGCCAUGCGCUAUGAGGAUGCCCCUUUCUACUUGUCCAUCAAGCCAGUCGUGAACUUGGCGGCUCUGCAUUGGUACAACUGCCAGGCCCUCGGCAAGAACAAGCUGGCCAAGAUGGUGAAGACCAUGUGUGAGAAGGGGAACAUCCCGGGCAGGAAGACCAACUUCAGUGUGUAUCAGAGCUGCAGCACCUUGUCCGAGGCCCAGAGCAACCAGCUGGUGCUUAUCUGUAACAAUCUGAGCCAGCAGGCCGCCCAGUCAGUGGCUGGGCACUCCAACAGUGGCAAUUUCAUCGUCUCUGCCUCCUAUGACUCGUCCUCAGACACGGCUUGACCAGGUGGCUUGAGCAAGAUCCCAGUCUGGUUAUUGUGUCCAGAGAAACUGUGAUUAAGCACUGGUUCUUGUUCCCUUUCCUCUGCCCUCAGUAUUAACUUUAUACAAAUAUAAAUAUAUAAUAUAUUUUUCUUUUUACAAAUAAGUCAAUGGAGAUAGUUUAGUAUUACUGACAUAGUAUUUAUAGGCUUAAAACAAAUGUACUUGUGGUGAUGAAAUGUAAUUACUGUUACAGACUCUACAAAACCAUAUUCUCAGGCAACACAAACUAGAGGAAGAAUUGCGUUUUUGGAGUUUUUUUAAACUGUCAAAAAGGAAACUGGGAGUCAGCCUAGAUACUUGUGUCCUCAACUCUUGCUUUUCCUUCCCACCCCCCCCUCAUUUUUAGUCUGUUUAAUAAAUGGCAGUAUCUUUUUAAUUUUUAAAAUUCUCCAUUAAUCAGGAGGAGACAACACUAACUUUCCUGCUUACACAGAACUGUCAGGUCCAGGAUAUGAAAAUGUUGAUAUAAACUGGACAGAUUUUUAUAUGCUUUUUUUUUUAAGAAUAGUUAGAUUUUAACUUCUCUGCCUCAUUUUUUGCAAUUUAUGAAAAUCUAGAUGUUUAGCUAACUUGUUGUGGGGGCAAAGAGGGUUAGAAGGUGGGAAUAAAGGUGCCAUUCUUUUUAGAAGCUAUAUAAUUUUUAAUAUGCAAAGUCCAAUAUUAUGGCAUAAAAAGACUGUUACUAGCUCAUUUUUAUUGUUCUUGAACCUGAAUAGAAUUUUUUAGUUGUUUUCUAAGAAAUCAAUGCAAAUGAAGUUUUAUUAUCAGAUUUACAAGAAAUUUAAAAAACUACCAAAGCUUUGAAAUGUUCCCAAGCAUUAGAUUGUGUAUCAAACAUAAAGAGAGAGUAGAAAAUGGAAAAGUCUUACUGAAAAUCGAGAAACACUAGUCAGAACCACAAAAAACUUAUACUUUUCGAAGCCCAAAUCCCCUGACUUGUUUAUUAGGACUGAAUUUCAGUCUGUUUUCCCAAGGGGAUUGCUUGACUCUGUAGUUGCGAUCAAAGGAAUAUUGACACUCACUUUAGGUAACAUUUUGUUAUCAGAUUUAGUUGAAUUCAAAGCACUCUUGAACAUGUGCUGUUUCUGCUACAGUAAAUAUAAAUGCAUUUAUGUGUGAUAAUCCUGCAAUCAUAAUAAUUAUAAUUUUGAUUAAGCAACCCUUCGUGGUGGUUUUUCCAAGGUCUUUAUUUUUAAGCCUGUGGUGAAUUACUACUUGAGAUACUUUAAUAAUAAUAAAAGAGUUUAGAUGAGCAAGGUUUCUAUCCUGUAUAAUCAUUAACACAUUAAAAAAAAGUCCCAGUCUUAAUUGUUUUGUUGGAUCUGGGCUUCCUGUUGGCAAGUAUUUGUUCUUCAAAGCAUCCUCGUAAUUCACAUUAGCUAGGAAGGUAGGUGGCAUUUUAUGUUUUAAUUAUACGACCAGGACACAUUUUGUUUUGAUUUGCUUUGCUGAGUCAUCCUGUUAGCUGAGCUUUCCCAUGACCAGGCAGCUCUUCCCAACACUAAGUCAUAAACACAUAAACCCAUUUCUCUAAAUUGUGACCUUUCCUUGGCUUAGGAGUGGGAAGUCUGCCGUGGCCUUUAUGUUAAGCAAUCAACUUCAUUUCAUGACUUUUCUGUCAUAGAGAAGCAGCCAAAAACAAGACCAGAAGAUACCUUUCUUUAAUUUUUUAUAUUAGUAAUGAUGAUAGCCACUAGUUUUGAGCCACUCUCUGUGCCAGCAGUGUGUGUGCUGAGUGAUGUACAUGCUCUCCUUAUAUAAGUAGAACUAAUUUAUGAAAAUUAGAAAACCCAGAUAAGCAUACAGAAAACAAAAUAUAUACUCAUAAAUCUGCUAGCCAAAAAUAACCACUGUUAAUAUUGUGUUGGCCAGAAGGUUCAUUCGAGUUUUCCCAUAACAUCAUAUAGAAAACCCAAACAAACUUUUUGGCCAACCCAAUAUUUUGGUAACUAUAUAUUUAGAUUUCAGUACAUACAUAUUUAUUUCUGUAUACGUAAUCUUUAAUCCUUUCCACAACUUUGAAAAGAAGGUUAAUUAUCUCCAUUUUACGUUGAGAUCAAUCCAUGACAGGUUAUAUGCUAGGGGAUGGUACUGUCGUCUGACUCCAGAGUUUUUUCUGUUUACCUGAGUUCCAGCCUGUAAUUAGUUUCCAGUGAUUUGAGCCGGAGAUGGGGACACGAUGUCUUCCCAUCUGUCAAGUCUGUCUGAUUAAAAGGAAGACUGAGUGGUCUUUCAUGAUGGCACGCUGUGCUCUAGUCCCCCCUCUUCUGCUUAUUUUGAACCACAGAGCCUCAUUCUCCCUGUUCUCUUGAAAAACAUUCCUCUUCUUAUUCUGUAGUGGGCUCAGAGAUGCGCAUGACAGCCUACUGCGGAAGAACUCUUUUUAAAAAAAUUUUUCUUUUUUAACAUAGGUUACCUCUCAUAAAAAAGAUGUACAUUGUGCAUUUUGUUUUUGCAUUGACAUACUUUUAAAAAUUCUGAAUUUGUUAUUUGACAGCAAAGUAGGUUUGUCAUGGGGAAGGUUCAUCAGUAUGCUCUUAGAAAGCAGAACUAGGAAAUUUCGAAUUUCUAUUUGUGUAUAUUGAGGUACGAAAGUGAAAAGCUCCUGUUUAAUCCUCUAGCAUUUUCAUUUGGAAGAAUGCAGAUUGUGAAUUAUAUUUUACUUAUUUAUAUUUUGCUUUGGUAACUUAAACCAAAUAGGAACGUUGUGACAUUUAGAUUUAGAAAACUGUCUUCCGAAGAGUGACUUGGUAGAAUUUUCACUGAAUUAUAUUAUCUCUUUGAGAUAAUUAAAUUAUGAAAAAUUAUUGGCAGCUACCU